AUGAGUGAUACACACAGCGACGAUAUCAAUCAAUCGAAUGCCAAGUCUACUUCGGUGGGUUCGAGCAUCAAGGCGUUUCACACAACACCACAUAUACCCCUAGCAGCAUCUGCCUCGACUACACAUAGGGUUUGCCGACCACUCUACAGUGAUGGGCAGAUUGGACUUCGGAAGGCAGCGUGGCUGCGCAUGGAUCCGGUGUCCAAGUGGACUACUUUGGUGGACCUGGCUCGUAGGGGCCCAUACCUACUGGAGGAAGGUGACGCCGAACGCAAGGAAACGAGCCAUUUGCGGUCUGCCAUCCAGAAGUUUUUUUCCGCACACAAAGGCUCAUUCCAAAAAAAAAAAGCACCGUCCGAUGUCCUAGGUCAGGAGGACGACCGGGUGCACUUCACGAAAACCUCCACCCGUAGUCACGCCUUGAUCUGUCAGGCGCUACCGUACGCGGCGCGCCUGCAUCUGGCGCUGUCGCUGCUGCUCUGGCUUCGGUGUCUGCGGGAUGUGCAGGAUACCUUCGCGCGGCUGCAGAUGCCUUUUGCCCAUACCACACGCCUUCGCACAGGACUCCUGUCCCAGGUCUUCCCUACCCGUUUGAUGGAACACUGGGUUGACCCCUUCACCUGUGUGUCCGUCGGGAUGAGUGACACCCUCAAUGGGACAGGAGAACAGGUCCCGGCCCCGCACACGUGGGACCCUGAGACAGCCGAGACAAUCGACGACGAUGUACUGGAGUUGACCUGGGCGGUCGGGGACACGCGUGCGCCGCAUGGGCAAUGCGCAGUGAGCAGAACCGAGGUGCUCAACCGCGUGCAAGGUCUCACCCCUCGCCCCAGCGCCGAUGAUGAGCGUGUCGCCCGGGUGGUGGGGGUCCGUUCGAACCGGAAGCAGCGGCGUCGCCAGCUGCUUGCCCGUCAGGACCGCCGGAAUCCUCAUCUUUCAACGGCCGCCAAUCCGGACGGUAGAGAUGUCAAUUCGGCUGCCCAAAGCGGUAAGACGACCGCUCAGUGGUCCAACGGGGACUCCAACCGCGCGCUGCCACCUUCACCACUCGAGUCAAAUCCACUUGAGGAUGCCUACUAUCAUGGUAACACCGAUCGUGGUGAGGGAUGCCCGUUUAGCGAUUACGGAACGCUCUCAUCGUGCCCCAUCCACAUCCCCGGUAGUGGCAAUAUGAUCUGGGAGGGGUGUGGUGGAACGGUAGGCAUAAGUAACACAGCGCUUGAGGUUGAGGCCACGUUAGGGCGGUGUGUACAGGCCCAUGUCGCAAUUCUUUCCUCCUUAUUUAUUGAAGGUCGAGUAGCUCAGUUCACUACCACGGACCCCGUCGUUUAUCACUACGUGUUCUGGCUUUUUGAGGAGCUUAUUAGGGAUAAAUAUCUCUUUAGCGAGCUAAUUCAAGGGAAGGGCAAAACGGUUUCUAUGCAACUGAUGCCGUAUUACCCACCAUGGUGCUUUCGGUCGGUUCUCAUUUUAUUGCCGCCUGCAACCGAGAGAAUAACAAAAUCCGAUGCUUCCAACCUCGCCGGCCUUAUUCUUCGAGCGGCGCCAUGCGACGUGCUUGUCGAAACGAUUCCUUCGAUCGAUACCGAUGGCAACGGCAAGCAUGAGAUACCCAAUAGAGGUGAGUCUGGCGAAAAAUACGCGAUGUCAUACGUCGCGCAGGUGCAGGAAGAAGUCGACCGACAAAGGCGAGUGCUGUUGAAGGUGGCUUCACGUAAGGAUCAACUCCAUAUAAGUAGCUCAGACGAAGCAAAAGCAUGGCGUGUAUCCUGGGUGCCUCUGCGUGCCCAUCCGUCAAACGACUCGAACCACAUGGAGGGCACCCAAAGGGUCGAGAGCAAUGAAGCAUACAGUCAGACUUCAAACGCUUCUAAGGGCUCAUUCACUUUCGUUUUGAAUCAAGAGCAUGCAGAUAUAGAUAUAAAAAAUAGUCGAGGAAAUCUUAGGACAUACUUCAGUAAUCUUUUAACCUCGUGUGUUGUAGGAAUGAUCAAUUGGCUGGCAAGUGCUUACCAAAGGUGGAAUAGCAAGGAUGGGGAUGCGGAGAGCGCUAAACAACUCCAGCGGGGGGAGAGGUUCAUCGAAGAGGUCAGCGGUGCCGUUCAGGAUCGCGUUCAUGCGCUUCAGUUGCUCUACCUCCCUCACAAUUCGAUGCUUCCAAAGCGUCAUCUACAAGACUGGGUAUGGCAACGGCUUCCAGGUAACGUACGUCUCGUGGGCGUCAACACCUCACCGUGGGAUACGCUCUUUUUCUUUCCUCAAGCACCGUUUUUGUCGCACAAGGCAGGAAAUGCCUUCCGCUUUCGAGCCGUUGAGCGGGUGGUCGUGGCGAAGCACGCCGCAGCUUUCGGCGUGGGGCCGUUGCGAAGCCUAACUGGCCGCAGCUUUUGGUUACGUGGAGGUAAGAAGUGGGAAAGAGUCGGCUUACAUGCUCGACUAAACUCAUUGGAUCGGGCACGUCUGUCAAAACUUGAGUACAGUCAUAAAGAGGAGGCCGAAACCAUAUCUGAAGAAUCGAGUGAAAAGGUAAAAAUAAUAAUGGGAAGUGACAAUGAUAAAGUCAUGGAUGUGCUUGUGACGGAACGCGCAGUGGAGUAUUUGGCUAACCCCAGCAAACUAACAUGGUUUGCGCUAUUUUCAGCCAUAAUAUUUCACUUGUAG